UAACAAACUCUGGGCCAGCAGGAUCUGUUCUUUUAUUUUCAUGUUUCCACUGUUCCGCACGAACGGAGUCUCCACUGUAUAGUAGUGCCAUUCCCUCACACUACCUGUGCUGUGGCUUCGGCAACGGUAUACAUGUACAUGACUUUCCAGCUCCGUGUAACAGUACGAAAACGCAAGCUGUUCAUGUUUUUUGUGUUUAUUUUGGGAAAACAAAUGUAUUUUGUACCCAUUACAACUGCACAACACUGUUUUGUAAUUUUUGCGUAAGAGGACGCCAACAGAUGGAAGUGGGAUGCAUAACAGUUCAGGAUUGUUUGCCACCUGAAGAAGGAAUCGUGUCAUUAUAGGCGGCAAUAUUCGUCGUCGAAAUCAUAAAAAAGCGACGUAACCAGUAGCCGCUGUCUGCACCAUGGCGUGGGAUGACGUACCAGAGGGGAUCAAACUACUCAUCUGUGCCGUCUUGGGCGCUGGUCUGAUGGUCCUGAUUCUCAUAAUGCUGUGCCAGUGCCUUUCUAGGAGGAAAAAGAAAAAUGGAGAGUCGAGCGAACCGUCUGAUAGUGACGACAAGGAGCUUGCGGAUAUUUCCCCUCAUCGCCAUUUGCCAAAGGAAAUACCGUCGAAGGAGAAGAAAUGGGCGAAGCAAAGCAGCCGAAGCCUGACCUCACUGUCCUCAAGUGGCUCUGAGGGUUACGGCACUUUAAAGGGUCUCCGACACCAGCCGCGAAAGCGGGAACUGAAACGCUCUUUGUCCCAAACGUCGGCCGACUUGCCGCCUCUUGGCGAAAUCCAGUUCCUCCAAGUCCCCGAGGUCAUUCCGGAGCCUGGGACCCUGGGAUCCAUCUCGUUCUCGCUGUCUUACGAUAAAGAGAACGAAAACCUGAUAGUGGACGAGAUUUCGGCCUGCGAUCUGAAGCCGAGGCCAUUUGGGGGAGAGCCAAGUCCAUACGUCAAAGUCAGUCUGCUCAAGGGUGGUACAGACAAACCCGAGUUCCGUUUUCAGACGCAAGUCCAGAUAAAAACUUGUAAUCCGUUCUUCGGCGAAGCGUUCGAGGCGACCGUGAAGUCAGCUGCUUUGCUGAAACACACCUUGCGACUCGUCGUCUGUGAUCACCACCGCCUGGGCGAGAUCGACUUCAUGGGGGAGGCCCAGUUUAGGCUGAAAGGGGUAGACUGGAAAGUGGAAAUUCAAAAAGAAUUGCCACUUGAGCCAAGCACACAGGCCCCCAUUGGCGAAUUGUUGGUAUCUCUCAGUUACCUACCGACAUCAGAAAGGUUGUACAUCACAAUACUAAGGGCCACAGGAUUUCGCAAUCUACACGGACCAUCCAUCAAGGUGUCGCUCGUCCUGUCGGCAAAGGGCGGCCAAAGGCGUCGGAUAACUUCUAGCCAGCAGCGCUCAGCGCUGGUCUUCUCGGAAGCUGUCUUCUUCGAAAUCCCAAGCGACAAGCUGGAGCGUAUUAAAAUCCUCAUUACCGUCUUGGCGGCAAAAGAGUCGCCGCCCGCUGCCGCCGAUGAACCUGACGUCGACGAGGGCGUCCCGGAAUCACCCGACCCUGCGCUUCGAGAAAUCGGCAAGAUCCUCAUUGGGAGGCACUGUGCCUUUAAUGCGCAUGCACACUGGGAAGAGAUGAUACUGUCGCCGAGAGUUCCAAUCGCUCACUGGUAUCCGAUUUUCCACGAUUUAUGAGGGAGCAAAACACUGUUGAUACAAAACGGCAGAAAAAGCUUUUCGCGCGUAACUACCGUUGCACCAGUAAAUAGUUUAUAAUCAGGAAACCAUCAUCAAAAUAUUUAAUUUUAAUACCAAUAAAAAGAGUAUUUUCUUAGCAAUAUCGUUGAUACUAUCCUAUUUGGUGCUUUGCUUUAUUAUUUAUCAAAUUGAUACCAAUUUCCUUCAAAUCUGUCAAUUUUCAAUGUUGAUUAAUGCUUGUGGUAUCGUCACCAGGUUGUCUGUAAUGAUUAUACUGAGACAUUUAUAUCCGCGGUAUUGAGUCCUGUCCAUCAAAAUCCUUGUCCUUGUGAGUCCAUUAUGCAAGUCAUUCUGUCUUGAAAAAAGUCACGGGCUAUACUAUGGACGAUGAAAAGUGACCAUCCGCUUUUCUGCUACCAGAGUGAUAGAAAAGCUGUGGUAACAUGCAAUUUCGACUUUUUUACUUUUCUGCCACCUCAAAAAGCAGAACGAACAUUGUUUGGUUAUUCAUUUUUCUAUUUUUGUGCUUUUCUGCUUCAAGAAAAGCAGAUUUUACUUUUUCUUCAUUUGCGACGCACGAUGGGCGACGCAUGACGGGCGACGCACGACGGCAGAUAUGGAAUUCCAUCAUCCUACAGGUUCAUGACCCCCGUUAACUGCCCAUUGAGAGCAGAAAAACAGAUGGCCACUUUCUGGCCACCUAUGUAAAUCUGCUUUUCCGGUAUCACAACAGCAGAAAAGUUGAAUUCACGCGUACGGUUGUCGUCAAAACGUUCAAUUCGCUUUCCUGCUUGACAGGUAAAAAGCA